AUGGCGACCCCCGGUGUCCUUACCUUUGAUGGUGAGGGUCAUGCUGUUGACUUUGAGGUCUGGGUUGAUGACCUCCAGCUGUUCUUCCAAAGCGAUCGCGCAGACGGACUCUCCCUGUUCGAUCUCACCUCUAGUGCCUCUUUUGCCCCGCCUACUACUGCUUACAGCACUGUUCGCUCACAGCGGGCCACACGCGAUACUGCUGCCCGUCUUGCUGUGCGUCGCCACUUACCGACCACUGAGCGUGCGCACUUUAGUCAGUACAAGAUUGUUAUGACCUUGUACGACGCUGUAGUUGCACGCUACUCUUCCCCUGCCACUGCUUCUCUUAGCCGGCUCAUGCUGCCGUACCUGCUCCCUGACCUUGCUGCCUUUCCCACAGUCGCUGACCUCAUUACGCACCUUCGCACUAGUGACACUUUCUACCGCGCUGCGCUUCCUGCUGAGUUCUGUGCCAAGAAACCCCCCCCAUUUUGCCCCACCACACUCACCGUUGACCUCCUCAAGGAGCGCCUCCUAGCAGCGAAGAAGAGCAUAGUUGCUGUAGGAGCCUCUCGUGGUGACCCUCGCAGCCCCGUCUUUGAGGGGUGUUCCCCCUCCCCCCUCUUGCCCUCUGUUGCUUCUGCUGCUGCGGCCGACCUCGUUGGUUUCGAGUCGGUCGGCGCUGCGUCUGCCCCUAGCGGGAGGCGCCGCACCGGCAAGGGCAAGGGGGGCAAGGGCGCUGGAGGGGCUGGCGGGGACGGUGGAGGUGGUAGUGGAGGCAGUGGAGGGGGUGGGGGUGGUGGUGGGAGUGGUGGCGGGGGUGGAGGUGUCGGUGGCAGCAGUGGAGGCGGAGGAGGCGGCGGCGGUGGCGGAGGGAGCGGAGGCGGCGGAGGUGGCGGAGGCGGCGGAGGUGGUGGAGGCGGCGGAGGUGGCGGAGGCGGCGGCAGCAGCGGUGGAGCUGGUCGCGGCUCUGCGCAGAGGAGUGGUUCCGGUGGUGGUCCGCGCCAGCAGCAGCAGCGCAGUUGUGAGACCCGGUCCCCCCAGCAGCUUCGUGAGGGGUACGCGGGGCGUCAGCGAGGUGGGGGUACUGGUCCCUGCACCUACGUCCUCCGUACUAACGACCACGCUGGUGAGCAGUGCGGGGGGCCGCACUCCACCCAGCACUGCUUCGGCCGCCUAACAGACGCUUGGCGUCACCAGUUCCCUGACGCCAUUGAGAUCCCUCGCUGGGGAGAUCUGUCUAGGGCGGGGGUUGCUAUCUUUGAUCUUGAUUAUGAUGCUAUUCUUGCUGCCAUGUAUGAUGUGUUUACUAGUGAUGUGGGUGACUGUUACCUAUGUGUUCCGCCUGACCUAGGCAUUGAGGCUGCUACUCUAGCUGCUGGUGAGGCUACUGCUCUAGGUGCUAGUGCGUCUGCUGCCCCAGGUGCUGGUGAGUCUGCUCUCUCAGGAACCACGUCGGCUCAGGCCUUACACAUCUUCACCCUUGACUCGGGUGCUUCCCGCUCCUUCUUUCGAGACCGCACCACGCUUACGCCGCUUAAUCGGCCGGUUGCGGUCUCCCUGGAGGACCCCUCUGGGGGUCCUGUCCUUGCUAGCUUCUCCACUGUCCUACCGUGUCCGGCGGCCCCCUCUGGCACCCUGUCAGGUUUCUACCUCCCCUCGUUCUCUACGAACUUGGUGAGUGGUGCUGAUCUACAGGAUCGGGGGGCUGACCAGUUCACUCCUGCGAGUCAGCGGGUGACCCACUGUACUUGUGCUCGGACGGGCCGACACUUGGCCACGUUCACCCGUCGGCCGGGGUCGAGACUAUACACACUGACUACUGAGUCUCCUCCGGUUGCCGAGUCUGGUCAGGUAGCUGCGUCGAGUCAGGUGUUUGCUGCAACGUCCAGGUCAGGUCCUAAGUCUACUCCCUGCUCGUGUCGUCUCGUGUCCCACCAGACUCUCCUUUGGCACCACCGCCUUGGUCACCCCUCCCUGCCUCAUCUCCGAGGCAUGGCCUCCUAUGUCCUUGUCUCUAGUCUUCCCCGGUCCCUCCCUCCCCUCCCUCCGAGGCCUGCCCCUACCUGCGUUCCUGUUGUGUGA